AUGCCCCCAAGGACGAAGAAUGCGAAGUGGUUCCGGACGCACGAUAAAACGCUCUACAGGUUUUUCGUGGUCGGAUUUUGGCUGCUUAUCGCCAUCGCGACCGUCCCGGGUACGGUCGAGGGUCAGUCAAGGGUCGGCCGAGAGCUCCGGUUGCGUCCCACUACGGCGUCCUCCCACGUGGCAUUCGCGUACCAGUACCGGACGGAUCAGAUCGCUGGCGUGCAGAAGGUGCCACUCGUACCGGUGGCAGCCUCGGUGCACCUUCGGAAUCAACUGCUGCAGCAGGUUUCUGGUGGGCGGCCAGAGCAUGAGCCCCACUACCCAACACGCCGACCCCAGCAAGCCGUCGACCAGCUGCAUACGCGAGUCGACAUAGGACAGCGUCGUCGCAGUGCUACAGUUCUGCCUGUGUUGCCCGUUCUGCCAGUUCCUCCUGGCACUAUCGUUGCUCAUUCGCAUACCCAGGUGUACCGGAAGCAUCACUGA